GGAGCCCACUCUCCGUGAAGAUGGCGGGGCCGGAGCUCUUGCUUGACUCCAACAUCCGCCUCUGGGUAGUCCUGCCCAUCGUCAUCAUCACCUUCUUCGUGGGCAUGAUCCGCCACUACGUGUCCAUCCUGCUGCAGAGCGACAAGAAGCUCACCCAGGAACAAGUCUCCGACAGUCAAGUCCUAAUUCGAAGCAGAGUCCUCAGGGAAAAUGGAAAAUACAUUCCCAAACAGUCUUUCCUGACACGAAAAUAUUACUUCAACAACCCGGAGGAUGGAUUUUUCAAAAAAACUAAAAGGAAGGUUGUGCCGCCUUCUCCUAUGACUGAUCCCACCAUGCUCACAGACAUGAUGAAAGGCAAUGUCACCAAUGUCCUGCCUAUGAUUCUUAUUGGCGGAUGGAUCAACAUGACGUUUUCAGGCUUUGUCACAACCAAGGUCCCGUUUCCACUGACCCUCCGUUUUAAGCCUAUGCUACAGCAAGGAAUUGAACUACUUACAUUAGAUGCCUCCUGGGUGAGUUCUGCAUCCUGGUAUUUCCUCAAUGUCUUUGGGCUUCGGAGCAUCUACUCUCUGAUUUUGGGCCAAGAUAAUGCUGCUGACCAGUCUCGGAUGAUGCAGGAGCAGAUGACUGGAGCAGCCAUGGCCAUGCCCGCAGACACCAACAAAGCUUUUAAGACAGAGUGGGAAGCUCUGGAACUGACGGAUCACCAGUGGGCACUGGAUGACGUUGAAGAAGAGCUCAUGGCCAAAGACCUCCAUUUCGAAGGCAUGUUCAAAAAGGAAUUACAGACCUCUAUUUUUUGAAGACCAAGCAGGGGCUAGCUGUGUCUGGAACUUGGAGUAGCGCUUAACCUUACAACUUUCAUUUGAGCUGGAGCCUCUUGGAAUAAAAAGGAGGGUGCAUGAGCUGGCGGGGGUGCAGCAAGGAUUGUUCUUGUCUGAGGCGGGCUCCCCUUCAUGUUUGAACCCAGAGGAAACGUGAGGAGUGUAUGCUGGGUGACUUGCCCAGAAACAGCUAUUUUUUAAAUAUUUUAAAUGUUCCUUCUGGUGACUCUAGUAAUAAAAGUAAGAGAAAGGGGGGACACUCAAGCUAGUGAUAAUAUUAAAAAACGGCAAAAAUUCAGUCUAUGGAAAAAGCAUUGUCAAUUAAACCUAAUUAUUACGUGCAGUCAUUCUGACACCUAAACCUCAGUAAACUCCUGUUUUCUUGGAAUCCAAACACCCUGCAUUUCACCUUAAAUUUUUUGUUAGUAUUUGUAUAACUUCCCUUUCACAAGUAAUACAUUUUCAUUGUUGAAAAUUUAGAACCAAUGGAUAAAAAAAUGAAACUC